CUCCACUUCGCAGAGUCACUGCCGCAGCAUCCAUCCCGCCGCCGGUCACCCAGACCCUGGCCAGAACACGCUUGCCGGCGCGGAUGCCACCGCCCUCGCUCUAGGUUUUCUUGCGUGGCCGCCGCCGCCGCCCUGCACUGCCGCCGACCCGCAGAUCUCCUCCUCCAGACACCGGCAUUUCCCACGAGUUCGUCCUCCGGCCCUCUUCCCAUGGCCGCCGCCCUGCACUGCCACCGCUGCUGCUGACCUCCUCCUCUAGUCUUCCUCACGAGACGAUUCGUCGUCCCGCACCCGCAAGCUCACCAGUUCGUCUCUGGCGCCAGCAUUUUCACUUCCUGCGCUGCGCGGCAAGGUGAGCAGCAACCCCUCUCCAUCACAUUGGCUGUUUCUUGCAUCCAUGAUGAUGGCGGAGGGCUCCAUGCAAAUUGCCUCAGUGAGUGGCGACCCAACAGCCUAGCUCACCGACCAUAUGCUCACGGAAAUCAUCUCGCGCGUGCCCUACAAGUCCACCUGCUGCUGCAAGUGCGUCUCCACGCGCUGGCGUGACCUCAUCUCCCACCCCUAUCACCGCAAGGAGAUGCCACAGUCCCUCAUCGGCUUCUUCCACGAGAGUUCUGACGAGAGUUCCAACAGAGAAUGCUCCGACAAGUCUGCUCGCUGUUUUACCAAUGUCUCUGGGAAAGGUGACCCUCUCGUUGACCCCUCGCUAUCGUUCCUGGCCAAGUUAGGUUUGGUUAGCAUUGUGGACUGCUGCAAUGGCCUACUCCUCUGCUUCUUUUGUAAGCAGCGUGAUCCCGUGGAGUGGGAUUAUGUUGUCUGCAAUCCUGCCACUGAGAAAUGGGUGGUCGUGCCUGGCACCAAAUGGACAAGCAAUGUGGUUGCUCGCUUGGCGUUUGAUCCGGCUGUCUCCUCCCACUUCUAUGUGUGCGAGUUCGUAGAAGACUCAAGUGUUUGCAUUGCUGCGGUGGUGAUCUACUCGUCCAAAACUGGAGAUUGGAGCUACAAGGACAAUGCUUGGAGCGUCUAUGAAAUACAGAAAUAGAGAUACCCCCCUUAUCAAAAAGUGUCUUCUUUAGGGGGGUGCUGUAUCUAUGUGCUUUUGAUCAUAGACUUGUAGCCCUUGUCGUGGAGGAAAAUAAUUGGAAAGCCAUGCAUCUUCCUAUGGCAGAAUGUUACAGUGGUUUCGGUGACCCUUCUUAUGAUAUUUAUCUAUCACAAGGGCAGUUGUAUUU